CUAAAUUUGGUAAGCUGUUGUUUUUGCUAUUCACUGCUCCCCAUCCAGUAUUGUUGUUUAUUGUUACAAGGUGUUAAUACUGAUAGUUACAUGCUUCUUUUUAGUUCUAUUCAGCUCUCCAAUGCCGUUUUUCUUCUUUUCCAAUAUAUAACUCACCAAGUGGAAAAGAGAGUCAGCUACAAAACACAUGAGCUGGUCACUUUUGCAGGGAUACAUCGAUCUGCAUGUACAUGCCCAGUCGUCGUCUUCGUCGUCGUCGUCGUGCCUCACUACUACUAUUCUUAUGACGAAAGAUUCAGCUGUAGUACUCUGAUUGCUUUUAAGCAGAGGACAUUAUAGUUGUAUAGUAGUAACUGCGGUAAUGGUGUAAUAGUGAAAACUACAAGAUCUUCAGACUCGUGAAAAACAAGUAAACAGUAGUGCCAUGGGAUAUUAUAGCUUUUUGCUUGUUUUGGCU